AUGGAGGAUAUCUCAGCCGAGGCCGACCCCUAUCUCCCCUACGACGGGGGAGGGGUUACCAUCCCCCUGCAGGAGCUGACUAAAAGAGGUAUGCCACGAUCCUCGCUCCUUUCCUUCUGAAUGGAGGUUGGAGAUUCGGUUCUGUCUGUCUGUCCAUCUGGCUACAGUUAGUCAUGGAGCUGGAUAAUAAAAUGCUCCAGCUCCCAGCUGUUGUUAUAAAGAUUAAAAUGGUGUGGCGCUUAUGACUUAGGACAGACAGGAGGGCUGUAAUGGUUUGUGUGUGUGUGUGGGUGACAAUGUUAUCUAGCUGGCUGCCAUUCUUCGACCAUACCCCUGCUCGUUGAUGAUUAACUUUGGCAGUGAGUGACCCAGUAUCUGGGUUGUGUGUGUGUGUGUUAUCUGCGUGGUGAAUUAGCUGAGCUGGAAGAAGCAAUGGCUGAGGAGGAGCAAUAUGUGUCACUACCUCCACCUUUAUUCUCUUGAUUUAGAAGAAGCUGGUGUGUGUGUCUGUGUGUGGGAACACCUCUAUAACAGCUUUCAGAUGUUUGUCUCAGCGUGGUGCUGAUCCAUUUAACAUGCAACAGUGUUUAAAAAAACAACAACAUUUUUCUUGUUUUUUAAAUGGAUAUUACUAACAGCAACCGAUUUUAUACACAUUUUGGCCAAGGGAUCAGUGGAAUACGUUUAGAGGGUGUAAUACAAUACAAUGUAUUGUAAUAUUGUUGAUCUACAAUUGAUGUUCUUAACCCUGGGCAACAUGGGCCUGGGAGGCUCACAGGGAUAUAGUUAUCCACAGUAGGCCACCAAUUAUACAUUAUUCAACUCAAUACUUCUUGUAAUCCCCUUUAUUAUUGUUGUUAUUGUUAUUUAUAUAUAUAUAUAUAUAUAUAUAUAACAUAAAUGCACUGUCAUUUUAAGAUUUUAAACGGCAAAGUUUUCUCUCUGCCUAAUGGCGAAAUGUGUAAAAUGUCAGGAUAUUAGCUUAAAAAUUCUAGAUUUUCUCUACAAUGCCAAAAUGUUCCUUCCUAGGGCCCGAGACUUGGUUCGUCCAGAAAAUCCUAUAGAAAAUUGGUGGGCAGAACUGAAAAGGCGUGUGCGAGCAAGGAGGCCUACAAACCUGACUCAGUUACACCAGCUCUGUCAGGAGGAAUGGGCCAAAAUUCACCCAAUGUAUUGUGGGAAGCUUGUGGAAGGCUACCCAAAACGUUUGACCCAAGUUAAACAAUUUAAAGGCAAUGCUACCAAAUACUAAUUGAGUGUAUGUAAACUUCUGACCCACUGGGAAUGUGAUGAAAGAAAUAAAAGCUGAAAUAUAUCAUUCUCUUUACUAUUAUUCUGACAUUUAACAUUCUUAAAAUAAAGUGGUGAUCCUAACUGACCUAAAACCGGGAAUUUUUACUAGGAUUAAAAGUCAGGAAUUGUGAAAAACUGAGUUUAAAUGUAUUUGGCUAAGGUGUAUGUAAACUUCCGACUUCAACUGUAUGUUGUGCUAUCCUCCCUAAGGCUUUAGCCGUUCAGGGCCCCGCACUUAAUAAUAUGUUUGCCUUAAACAUAGUGCUGAGCGGUUAGUGCUUUCUGAGGUUGUUUUGGUUCGAUUAUGAAAAUAUUAUCACUGUUUUUGGUUUUGAUCAUUUUUAAAAAACAUGAAAUCCACUAUGCAUGAUGUGGGUUGAAUGCUGUAACAAUGCAGAAUACAACAAUUAAUAAAAGUAAAAAACAUAACAAUCAAUGGUAGUGACUGCCCAUUACUGCUUAACCAUCAUUUAUUCACAUUACUUUAAUAAAAUAUUUGUUUUAUUUGAUUUAUUUCAUUCCAAGUCAUCUCAUCUCUAUAGAGCUACUGCCUGUGCUGUCAGACAACAUCACUAUUUUAGUAGUUCUUCAAAGUAAAUAAGGCAUACUUUUAUGACUGCUGAAUACCAACUAUCAAUCACUUAGAUCAUGUACUUUCAGAUGAAAAUACCUCUCAAAGUAACUGCUUUCUAUCUCUAUAGAUUGUGCGUUCUUUCUUCUCCUUGUCUGCUCCACAUCAUUCUUAUUAUAGCUCAGUGCUCCACACAGGCCGGACAAGUAUGCGGGCGCGCAAUGGAUUAUGGUCAUUGUAGUUAAUUACCAUGUUUUCUGCGCUAAACUAUUUAGAAUAUUGGCCUGUUGGAAACUACAACUCCCUACUACAUCGCACAGUUCAGGCUUGAUCUGAUUUAUCUCUACAGAAACUGCAUUGAGCUCACAGAAAAAACCCAGAACGAAGUGGAAUUCAAAUAAUUUAACCAAAGUUGGUCCAUUAGUUGUUUACAAAACGAAAAAUAACCAAAAUGUUGGUUAAUCGCUCAACUUAAACAUAAUCUACCACGUCACUGAUUAGCUCAAAAGAGAGGAAAACUACUUAACAUCAGCCCUAUUCCAUCCACUUUCAGUUUAUGGUUGAGCUCCUUAGGUUGUGUGUGUUAUGGUACAUCCCUAUCUGUGUGUCUGAGAUAAUGGUUUGUGUUGGUGUAGUCCUCCUAGUCCUUGUUCGUUACUUUCCCAUGCUGAAUGAACAAAGACACUGGCAAAGGAUUCUCUCUCUUUCAUUCUCCCUCUCUCUCAUUCCCUCUAUUUAUUUUCUCUUUAGUCUGUUAUGAGGUAGGCCUUUCGGUCACAUGUUUCCUUGCUAGCCAGGGUUAGUGUCAGCCUGCUGUUCUCCAGCCCCAGUCAGUCCAGCUGCUGAGCUGAGCCUCCUUGAUCUGCUUUGCAGGACUGGAAUAGUGCUGGAGUAGUCUGAUACUGGAGUAGUGCUGGAGUAGCCUGAUACUGGAGUAGUGCUGGAGUAGUCUGAUACUGGAGUAGUGCUGGAGUAGCCUGAUGCUGGAGUAGUGCUGGAGUAGCCUGAUACUGGAGUAAUGCUGGAGUAGCCUGAUACUGGAGUAGUGCUGGAGUAGCCUGAUACUGGAGUAGUGCUGGAGUAGUCUGAUACUGGAGUAGUGCUGGAGUAGUCUGAUACUGGAGUAGUGCUGGAGUAGUCUGAUACUGGAGUAGUGCUGGAGUAGUCUGAUACUGGAGUAGUGCUGGAGUAGUCUGAUACUGGAGUAGUGCUGGAGUAGCCUGAUACUGGAGUAAUGCUGGAGUAGCCUGAUACUGGAGUAGUGCUGGAGUAGCCUGAUACUGGAGUAGUGCUGGAGUAGCCUGAUACUGGAGUAGUGCUGGAAUAGUCUGAUACUGGAGUAGUGUUGGAGUAGCCUGAUACUGGAGUAGUGCUGGAGUAGCCUGAUACUGGAGUAGUGGUGGAUUAGCUUGAUGCUGGAGUAAUGCUGGAUUAGUCUGAUACUGGAGUAGUGGUGGAGUAGCCUGAUGCUGGAGUAAUGCUGGAGUAGUCUGAUACUGGAGUAGUGGUGGAGUAGUCUGAUACUGGAGUAGUGCUGGAGUAGUCUGAUACUGGAGUAGUGGUGGAUUAGCCUGAUGCUGGAGUAGUCUGAUACUGGAGUAGUGGUGGAUUAGCCUGAUGCUGGAGUAGUGGUGGAGUAGUCUGAUACUGGAGUAGUGCUGGAGUGGUCUGAUACUGGAGUAGUGGUGGAAUAGUCUGAUACUUGAGUAGUGCUGGAUUAGCCUGAUGCUGGAGUAGUCUGAUACUGGAGUAGUGGAGGAUUAGCCUAAUACUGGAGUAGUGGUGGAGUAGUCUGAUACUGGAGUAGUGCUGGAGUAGUCUGAUACUGGAGUAGUGGUGGAUUAGCCUGAUGCUGGAGUAGUCUGAUACUGGAGUAGUGGUGGAUUAGCCUGAUACUGGAGUAGUGGUGGAGUAGUCUGAUACUGGAGUAGUGCUGGAGUAGCCUGAUACUUCAUCUUCAUGCAUCUUCAUGCACAUAUGCAUCUUCAUCUCUUUGUUUGGUUUUCCAUCAAGAGUAGCAACUUGUUAUUAGUGUCCCAAAGACCAAUCCACCUCUUAUCUAAUUUCAAGUCCUGUCAUCAUCUGACUCAUCACCCCCCCCUCAGGAAGGGAAGCACUGCCAGAUUAAAACUAUUAAUGUAGUGGGCGCGCACACACACACUAGUUCCGGCUGCUCUCUUUCACUUCUAUUCCUACAUCAAAGGGCUUCAUAUAGGCCUAAUACUCUAAUUUCAAUGGCUUGGCUUGGCCUUCUAAAAUAAGGUUAGAGGUCUGAGAAAUCCUUUACUAAUUUCUCUACUCCUAGUGGUAGCAGGUAGUGUAGUGAAAGCACACAUUUAUAUAAGGCCCAAGUCUCUGUUAUUACUGUUAUUAGAUUAGUUUACUUUUUUAUUUUCUCAUCUUCGCCAUGUCUUACUUUCCUCAAUCAAAUUGUAUUGGUCACAUACACAUAUUAGCAGAUGUUAUUGCGGUUGUAGUGAAAUGCUUGUGUUCCUAGCUCCAACAGUGCAGUAGUAUCUAACAAUUCACAACAGUACACACAUCUAAAAGUAAAAGAAUGGAAUAUAUAAAUAUUAGGACGAGCAAUGUCGGAGUGGCAUUGACUAAAAUACAGUAUAUACAUAUGAAAUGAGUAAAACAGUAUGUAAACAUUAUUAAAGUGACUAGUGUUCCAUUAUUAAAGUGACCAUCCUUCUAAUGAGUGACUAAUCAUUCACCAGUGUUUGAACUUUGAUCACAUUCCCACUUCCCACAGAUCAGGUGACAGGCCCAGGUUUCUAGUAUUUGAUGUUAGCUUAGCAGUUAGCACCUAGGGUUGAUAUCCUUAGUUAGCUUAGCAGUUAGCACCUUGUCUCCUAGUGUUGAUAUCCUUAGUUAGCUUAGCAGUUAGCACCAACUGCCUCUCCUAGGUAUUGUUAUAGGCUAACACUAGGCUCUACAGCUUUAUAGCACUCAUUGGAUGUCAUUGUGCCAACUGUGCCAAGCCACACAACGUUAGCCCCUGGAUGACAUGGUUGUACUAAACAGCCCCUGUGGCUGUAUGCCACCCUAACUAACAAACCCCAGCACAAUAUCACACACUGCUGGGAAGUUCAGCAACUACACAGCAGUGGUGUGUCCCUGACCGCAUGCCAAUGGAGAAUGGUUUCGAAGGCAGCAAGCCAUGAAUCGUCAUCAUAACUGAAUCACAUUCCCGUGGCUCAGUUGGUAGAGCAUGGAGCUUGUAACGCCAGGGUUGUGGAUUCGAUUCCCACGUGGGACCAGUAAGAAAAAGUAUGAAAAAUGUAUGCACUCACUACUGUAAGUCGCUCUGCAUAACAGUGUCUGCUAAAUGGAAAAAAUAAAAAUGUAUUUAGCCGUAACUUGACAACAACCUGUAAUUAGCUUUGCAUCCAUCUUCUGCAGAUUUUUGGGGUUAAAUCGGGUUAUGUCAGUUGAUGUGAUGUCACAGAGGGUUUUAGGUGAAUACUUUUCAUUGGACAUUCUACUAGGCCAGAUCAUCAACAGAUUUGAGCUAUGCCUGUAUUGCUUUGCAGUGUAUUUCUCUCUCUCUCAGGCAAAAUCUUGCUCUGGAAAAAUACACAAUACACUGUACUGUAUAUCAGAGAGCUGAAUAGAAGAAUUUGCACAACAAAGAAUGGGUCUAAUGUCAUGCAUGCCUACCAGUUGUUUAAAGCACAUACUUGAGGAGACAAAUGUACAGACUUGUACAGUUGUCAGAAGGACAUGGAAGUUGCAUAACGUGAGAGAUUUCCCUCUUUAUUGGUAGGUGAAUGUAGACCUGUCUCUGUGCCUUUUUGAAAAUAAUAUGUAAUCCCUAUCAUACUCAGAUAAUACUGUGAAACAAUCCACUGAAUUGGAUAAUGCACUUACUUUAUAAAGACACAUCUUUGACGACUACGUGCUGUUGUCCGGUGCUACGUCACAUGAAUGUGUCUUUUACUGUAGCGUUGUUUGUUUCUCUAAGAUCACAUCCACUGCAGAGAGAUGACCUUUAUCAAAAUGGCGGAUGGCUGAACAGCUGAGUUGUAGUGAUGUGACAGAUAAAUAGAGAAGAGGCCUUAGCCACCUCUGCUCCAUUUCCGCCUUUCUGUGGUGUGUCUGUGUGUGUGUCUGUGUGUGCCAGCCAGCCAGCCAGUAGAAUCUAUUUAACUGUCCUUGUUAGAUGCUCUGAUGCAGUGCUACUAACCAGCAUAGUUGAGUAUGACUGGAUCUGGGAUAUCAUGCAUUAGCAAUGAUCAUCAGGCAAUGAUCAUUCUUGAUUAUCAUCAUGAAGGACAUAAUUUUGGAAUAUACACUACCGUUCAAAAGUUUGGGGUCACUUAGAAAUGUCCUUGUUUUUGAAAGAAAAGCUUUUUUUUUUGUCCAUUAAAAUAACAUAAAAAUGAUCAGAAAUACAGUGUAGACAUUGUUAGUGUUGUAAAUGGCUAUUGUAGCUGGAAACGGCUGAUUUUUUUAUGGAAUAUCUACAUAGGCGUACAGAGGCCCAUUAUCAGCAACCAUCAGUCCUGUGUUCCAAUGUGUCACGAUCGUCGUAAGAACCGGACCAAGGCGCAGCGUGAUAGGCGUACAUCUUUUAAUGAGUACUUCAAAUCAACAACAAAACGAUUCGUGAAGUCUAAAGGUUCACCAACACAAACCUAUACAGAACAAGAUCCCACAAAUAACUAGUGCCAACAGGCUGCCUAAGUAUGGUUCCCAAUCAGAGACAACGAGAAUCAGCUGCCUCUGAUUGGGAACCACCCUGGCCAACAUAGAAAACACGAACUAGAACACAACAUAGAAAAUCACACAUAGAAAAUCCACACCCUGGCUCAACAUAUACAGUGGGGAAAAAAAGUAUUUAUUCAGCCACCAAUUGUGCAAGUUCUCCCACUUAAAAAGAUUAGAGAGGCCUGUCAUUUUCAUCAUAGGUACACGUCAACUAUGACAGACAAAUUGAGAAAAAAAAAUCCAGAAAAUCACAUUGUAGGAUUUUUAAUGAAUUUAUUUGCAAAUUAUGGUGGAAAAUAAGUAUUUGGUCACCUACAAACAAGCAAGAUUUCUGGCUCUCACAGACCUGUAACUUCUUCUUUAAGAGGCUCCUCUGUCCUCCACUCGUUACCUGUAUUAAUGGCACCUGUUUGAACAUGUUAUCAGUAUAAAAGACACCUGUCCACAACCUCAAACAGUCACACUCCAAACUCCACUAUGGUCAAGACCAAAGAGCUGUCAAAGGACACCAGAAACAAAAUUGUAGACCUGCACCAGGCUGGGAAGACUGAAUCUGCAAUAGGUAAGCAGCUUGGUUUGAAGAAAUCAACUGUGGGAGCAAUUAUUAGGAAAUGGAAGACAUACAAGACCACUGAUAAUCUCCCUCGAUCUGGGGCUCCACGCAAGAUCUCACCCCGUGGGGUCAAAAUGAUCACAAGAACGGUGAGCAAAAAUCCCAGAACCACACGGGGGGACCUAGUGAAUGACCUGCAGAGAGCUGGGACCAAAGUAACAAAGCCUACCAUCAGUAACACACUACUCCGCCAGGGACUCAAAUCCUGCAUUGCCAGACGUAUCCCCCUGCUUAAGCCAGUACAUGUCCAGGCCUGUCUGAAGUUUGCUAGAGUGCAUUUGGAUGAUCCAGAAGAGGAUUGGGAGAAUGUCAUAUGGUCAGAUGAAACCAAAAUAUAACUUUUUGGUAAAAACUCAACUCAUCGUGUUUGGAGGACAAAGAAUGCUGAGUUGCAUCCAAAGAACACCAUACCUACUGUGAAGCAUGGGGGUGGAAACUUCAUGCUUUGGGGCUGUUUUUCUGCAAAGGGACCAGGACGACUGAUCCGUGUAAAGGAAAGAAUGAAUGGGGCCAUGUAUCGUGAGAUUUUGAGUGAAAACCUCCUUCCAUCAGCAAGGGCAUUGAAGAUGAAACGUGGCUGGGUCUUUUAGCAUGACAAUGAUCCCAAACACACCUCCCGGGCAACGAAGGAGUGGCUUCGUAAGAAGCAUUUCAAGGUCCUGGAGUGGCCUAGCCAGUCUCCAGAUCUCAACCCCAUAGAAAAUCUUUGGAGGGAGUUGAAAGUCCGUGUUGCCCAGCGACAGCCCCAAAACAUCACUGCUCUAGAGGAGAUCUGCAUGGAGGAAUGGGCCAAAAUACCAGCAACAGUGUGUGAAAACCUUGUGAAGACUUACAGAAAACGUUUGACCUGUGUCAUUGCCAACAAGGGGUAUAUAACAAAGUAUUGAGAAACUUUUGUUAUUGACCAAAUACUUAUUUUCCACCAUAAUUUGCAAAUAAAUUCAUAAAAAAUCCUACAAUGUGAUUUUUUGGAUUUUUUUUUCUCAUUUUGUCUGUCAUAGUUGACAUGUACCUAUGAUGAAAAUUACAGGCCUCUCUCAUCUUUUUAAGUGGGAGAACUUGCACAAUUGGUGGCUGACUAAAUACUUUUUCCCCCCACUGUAAGAGUCCCCAGAGCCAGGGCGUGACACAAUGGCACGUUGUGUUUGCUAAUCCAAGUUUAUCAUUUUAAAAGGCUAAUCAUUAGAAAACUCUUUUGCAAUUAUGUUAGCACAGCUGAAAACUGUUGUGCUGAUUAAAUAAGCAAUAAAACUGGCCUUCUUGAGACUAGUUGAGUAUCUGGAGCAUCAGCAAUUGUGGGUUCGAUUACAGAAUCAAAAUGGCCAGAAACAAAUAACUUUCUUCUGAAACUCGUCAGUCUAUUCUUGUUCUGAGAAAUGAAUGCUAUUCCAUGCGAGAAAUUGCCAAGAAACUGAAGAUCUCGUACAACGCUGUGUACUACUCCCUUCACAGAACAGCGCAAACUGGCUCUAACCAGAAUAGAAAGAGGAGUGGGAGGCCCCGGUGCACAACUGAGCAAGCGGACAAAUACAUUAGAGUGUCUAGUUUGAGAAACAGAUGCCUCACAGGUCCUCAACUGGCAGUUUCAUUAAAUAGUACCCGCAAAACACCAGUCUCAAUGUCAACAGUGAAGAGGCGACUCCGGGUUGCUGACCUUCUAGGCAGAGUUGCAAAGAAAAAGCCAUAUCUCAGACUGGCCAAUAAAAAUAAAAUAUUAAGAUGGGCGAAAGAACACGGACACUAGACAGAGGAAGAUUGGAAAAAAAUGUUAUGGACAGACGAAUCGAAGUUUGAGGUGUUCGGAUCACAAAGAAGAACAUUUGUGAGACGCAGACCAAAUGAAAAGAUGCUGGAGGAGUGCUUGAUGCCAUCUGUCAAGCAUGGUGGAGGCAAUGUGAUGGUCUGGGGGUGCUUUGGUGGUGGUAAAGUGGGAUAUUUGUACAGGGUAAAAGGGAUCUUGAAGAAGGAAGGCUAUCACUCAAUUUUGCAACGCCAUGCCAUACCCUGGGGACGGCGCUUGAUUGGAGCCAAUUUCCUCCUACAACAGGACAAUGACCCACAGCACAGCUCCAAACUAUGCAAUAACUAUUUAGGGAAGAAGCAGUCAGCUGGUAUUCUGUCUAUAAUGGAGUGUCCAGCACAGUCACGGAUCUCAACCCUAUUGAGCUGUUGUGGGAGCAGCUUGACCGUAAGAAGUGCCCAUCAAGCCAAGCCAAUCCAACUUGUGGGAGGUGCUUCAGGAAGCAUGGGGUGAAAUCUCUUCAGAUUACCUCAACAAAUUGACAACUAGAAUGCCAAAGGUCUGCAGGGCUGUAAUUGCUGCAAAUGGAGGGUUCUUCGACGAAAGAAAAGUUUGAAGGACAUAAUUAUUAUUUCAAUUAAAAAUCAUUAUUUCUAACCCUGUCAAUGACUACAUUUCCUAUGCAUUUUGCUAUAUUUUCUAUUCAAACUCAUUUAAUGUAUGUUUUCAUGGAAAACAAGGACAUUUCUAAGUGACCCCAAACUUUUGAACGGUAGUGUAUAUUUUUGGAAAUGCUGUCAGUUUUUCUCCUAUCAUGCAUCUCUGCCACAUUUUAAGUGUUUGUCCACAUUUUUUGUAUUGGAAUGCAAUUUUAGAGAUUGCUACGUUCUCUGUGCUUUUGCAAAUAUUGCUACGUUCCGUGUGCUUUUUGAUCACGCUAGAAGGGUGACCAAAGUUGAGUGUUCAAAUCCCUAAUGGUGAACGGAACAUCCAUUGAACAUUCAUUGAAAGUGCACCGUUGGUGGUAGGCUAUACUGUGUUAAACUGUAAGUGUUGUGUAGCCUACUGCAGUUUCACCAACUGGUGUCUGUCUGUCUGAUAUAUGCCUGAGGCCUACAUCCUGUAAUAAGACAAACAGACCUAGACCGAGAAGAAUGGCAGACUGGUGAACUGCAGUCAGUGUUGUAAACCUUGGCCAGUGUUCACUUUACAGUCACACUUUACUACUGUGCCUCUGUUUCCCCUGCCACAUGUUUACUACAACACAGCCUGUUUUGUACACAGAGGCAUGUGACUGUAGAAAGGCCCUUGUGGCAAUUUUUAGGGGGAACUGUUAUCAGAGAUUGUGAAAUGAGUUUUGAGGAAGAAAACCUCACAUACUUGUAAGUAAACAUUCUUCUUUCAACCAGAAUGGCCCUUUUGAAGGAAGUCUUUAGAUUGUGAAUGAACCACUGUUCUGAGACUAACCUCCAUGACCAGUGAUUAGUUAAAAGGAAACAUAGAGCCCUGGCUCAAUCUGCCAUUGAAAGUCUGCAACUGCACCUCCAUUUUGGCUCUGAGCACUGUGGUGAGGGGGUAAAGGGAGUAAAGCUGAUUUAUUACGGGGCUGUGUGUGGUUGAGAUUCAGCAGGCAGCCAACGGAUGGAUUGAUGGAUGGACGUUUUCCCCAAUGUGCCACAAGUACCAGUCGGUCGGACAAACUCAUUCAUUUCCAUAUGCCAGCAGGCAGCAUGUGCAGUGCAAUGCAGUGUUCCUAAUGGAGCAGAUAAUGGAGUAGAUUGUCCCUCCUGGUACGGGCAGGCUUCGGCGUUCGUCGUCACCGGAGUACUAGCUACUGCCGAUCCCAUUCUUAUCACUCCACUUGUCAUGUCUUGUCAAUCACACACACCUGGUGCUCAUUCCCCUAAUUAGUAUGUGUAUAAGUGUUCCCUCUGUUCCCCUUGUCUUUGUGAGUGAUUGUUUGUUGUGAGAGCGUGUAGCUCGGUUGAGGCUACUUAUUCACGGUGUGUAUGCCAAAGGUGGAUGUUUUCCCUUGUAAUAGUUUUGUUGACGCUUGGGGUGUUGUUGUAAACGGAAUAACUUGGACUCGGUGUUGGACUUUUCACACCUCGUCAAAAGGUACUGCUUCCAGUUGAACAAAUGUAAAAAAGUGCAACUGGAUUGGUGUAAUUGUUUUAAGGGUGAUAUCUCUGUGGAAGAAAGAGAAACUACCUUCACUGUAGUUUGCCUCGAUCUAGGGUUUAUGUACGUGCACCGUCCGUCCGGGUGGAGGAAUCAUAGAUGGAUUGUUACCAAGAGUGGGAGGUGUCUGGUUUAUUCAUAGCAGCAUUUGUCCCAUCCAGACUUCUAGCACGCUGUCAAGGAACUAGUAUGCCAUUGUCUGGUCUCUCACAAACUCUCUCUCUCUCACCUGUAGGAUCUAACUACGUCAUGUCUAACGGGGGCGGGGUGAUGAGCGGCACCACCCACCUGCUGGACUUCCUGGAGGAGCCCAUCCCGGGGGUCGGCACCUACGAUGACUUCCACACCAUCGACUGGGUCCGGGAGAAGUGCAAGGACCGCGAACGCCACCGCAAGGUGAGGACGCGUUUACAUUUUACAUUUAGAAACUAAUUUAAGAAAAUAAUAGAUGCACACUAGAUAGAUAGUUAGAUUUGAGUAAUUUAACAGACUUACAAUCAGUGUAUUUGGCUAGGGUAGGUAAAAUAACCACAAGGGUGUCCCCCAGGGCUAUGUGCUGGGCCCCUUACUCUUCAUAAUCUAGAUUCUACAUCCUACUCACAACACAGCAGUAACUUCUAACCCUCUUAUCACGCUUUUGUGCUGUACAGUGUAAUUUUGUGUCUGAACAGAUGUCUUAUGUGCAGUUGUUGUCUUGUGGUAGUGGGAUGAGUGGGGGGAGAGGGAACUAUUCUCCACAGUGUCUGCCACAGGUCAGGGCUCAUGUUUGUUGUUGUGUUGUGAAAGAAAUUGUGCCCUAGCCUAGACAGAAGUGUUCCCUGCUUCCUGUUCUCUGUGGUGGCUCAGUGUACAUGUACAAGCCUUUUGUCUCGGUACCAUUUAUUUUAUAACACCUAGUCUUUCUCUACUAGGCUUGGGCGGUAUCUAGAUUGUCACACCUUCUUCAUACCGACCUUGUGCCAUACCGGGAUAUUCAGUAAUACCGCACUGAACACCAGGGGCGCUAUUGUAAUCCAAAGGUUAGCAAUGCUAACAAGUACAUGUAAUAUCCCAUACUGAAUGCUAACGAGCACAUUGCAAAGAUUUUAUACAGUUUCUGACCUAAAGUAUUUGCAGGACAAACAUCCCAGCUCAUAAAGUUAUACAAGUAACUCAAAAAAUGCUACUCACAGUUUGCUGCACCCACAAAGCAAAUAUUAGACAGCAAGGCUCUUGAUCCAGGAGGGGAUUCUCCACUGUUACCAAAAAACAGUUCAGCGAAACUUGAUUUUGGAAGAAGCUAACCACCUAGCUAGCAAACCAAAUGCACAACUGAAGAGCAUUUAGCACAUUUUAGACAGUCAACUUAAUAGUUAUAAGAUAUCUAGCUGGCAAACAUUUAGUUGUGAAUUCCAUACUGUAACUAGAUCACCUUGCUGCACAACGGUGAGUGACUCACAAGGCUCCGGUCUCUCGUCAUUGUGUGCUUGUAAACAAACACCACGUGACUGAGGACUACCGGUAAGCUUCAUAAUGAAAAAUUGUGACAGGUGAAAUGAAGAACGCAAUCUUCUUUAUCUCCUAAUGUAUUGCACAAGUUGACUGCAGGUAUUUACUUAAAAAGAAAGAAAACUUCAAAAUAAAUAGUUUCAACGGUAUUGAAAAACCAUCCCGUGGCUAUUUCCAAAUACCCCGGUAUACGGUAUACCGCCCAAGGCUCUACAGUGUCUGCCAGGUGUCAUGUCUGUUGUUGUAGUUGGCAUGUUGUUGUGGAGGUGGCAUGAAAGAAAUGGUGCCCUAGACAACAGUGUUCCAUCCUCUGCUCUCGGUGGUGGCUCUGUGUGCAUGACUUAUGAACACCACGAGGAAAACCUUUUUGUCUUUUGUGAUAUGAAUCUGGGUUACAUGGUUUCCUAAAGGUUCCAGACACUCCCACAUUUGAAUGUCAUUUGAAUGUUGUCUGGAUUUUUAGAUUUUUUUUAUCACCUAACAAACAGGAACAUGUAACAGUUGCUCUCAAUUUGACAAACUGCAGUAGCAGCAGUUCAUGGGGUGGUUAGGCCACUCAUUAUGAGUGGUAAUAAAAUGAUAUGAUCAUAUUUAUAUAAUCGUUUCUCUAAAAAGGGGGAGAACAGUACAUUGUUUAGUACUUUUAACUAGCCGUGACUUUCAGUAUUUAUGUUAAUUGUUUGUGUGUGUGUGUGUGUGUGUGUGUGUGUGUGUGUGUGUGUGUGUGUGUGUACAGAUCAACGCUAAGAAGAAAGAUUCUGCGUGGGAGUUCACCAAGAGCCUGUAUGAUGCCUGGUCUGGAUGGCUGGUGGUGACGUUGACAGGACUGGCCUCAGGUAAUACACGCACAGUCACCUGAGCUCACCUGUACUAGUCGUCAGAGUAUGUAGGCUCGUCAUUGACAACGUGUUUGUUGUUCAUCUUUGUUUUUGAUUAGUCACACUGGCACAGGCUUAAAGUAUUGUUUCCUCCUCGUCCUCUUCCUCUUUGUCCAAUCAGGUGCCUUGGCGGGUCUGAUCGACAUCGCUGCUGAUUGGCUGAACGACAUCAAGGAGGGGGUGUGUCUGAAUGCCAUGUGGUUCAACCACGAGCAGUGUUGCUGGGGCUCCAACGAGACCACGUUCGCUGAGAGGGACAAGUGUCCUCAGUGGAAAAGCUGGGCGGGGCUUAUCCUGGGCCAGGAAGAGGUGAGAGGGAUUUAAAAAUGUCAUGUCAAAAUGUAGAUUUCCAACCUAACCAGACAUCAUUUUUUAUCGUGAAAAGGCCAUAAACAAUACCUAGUAAUGAUUAUACUGCCAGAAAGAUUAAAGUCUCUGGUAUAAAUAGUUAUAAAUUGCUGAGGCGUAGUCACUUUUGAGGAUACCGCCAGGGGAGUUCGAUCCUUUGUCUGGAUAGGCCAGAAAAUCUAGCGCUCCCUAUGCAAAUGAGGUGUCACAUUUCACAUACUGCAUCUCAGACGAGAGCGGAGAACGGCAUGCGAAGCACAACAAAUGAUGUUGCUACGUUCACAGAGCGCUUUGUAAAAAAAAAUUGGUUCGGAACUGGUCCAGAACCGCUCAGUCCCGUAAAUAGGGGACUUAACGUUUAAGAGGUUUUAAGUCACAUAUGUGUUACAGGUGUUAUAAGGUGUUAUAAGCUAGUAGUUUCCAUUGCUGAGAUGGAAGAGCUUGGGUGAGCUAAUACUUCUGUGGUCCAUCAGUAGUUCACCACUUUUUUCCAUGACCUUUUCACUCAGAAUAGUCAAAACUGUCUCAAUGUAGUAACGUUAAAAGGAUUGUUGGGAUUUUGAUGCUAACUGUACCCAAAACCUUUCCCUUUUUGUGCUAAGCUAGUUAGCAUUUGCUUACGAAACGACCUUUAACUUCCUUCAUGCUGGAUGCAGAUAGAUAAAAAAAAUUGUAUCCAUGAGUUCAUCUGACUCUGGGGAAGUAGAUAAUUGCCAAAAUCCUGAACUAUCCCUUUAAUGGCAGUUUGUGUGUAAACAUGCUCCUCCUCCUCUCCCUCUCUCCUCCUCUUCCUCCUCCUCUUUCUCUCUUCCUCUUCCUCCUCCUCCGCCUCGCCAUUCGUCCUCCUCCGGCGAUCUCUUCCUCCGCCUCGUUCCCCUCCUCUCUCCUAUUCCUCCUCCUCCUCUCUCUCCUCCUCUUCCUCCUCUCUCUCCUCUUCCUCCUCCUCUCUCCUCCUCCUCCUCCUCCUCUCUCUCCUCCUCCUCCUCCUAUCUCUCCUCCUCUUCUCCCAGGGUCCUGGUUCCUACAUCAUGAACUACUUCAUGUACAUCUACUGGGCUUUGUCCUUUGCCUUGCUGGCUGUGUUACUGGUCAAGGUGUUCGCCCCCUACGCCUGUGGCUCAGGCAUACCUGAGGUAAGACCACACACAUGCAUGGAUGCAAGCGCACACACACACAAACUAUGUAUUGUAAUUCAGGUGGGAUCUGUACCUGCUGUUUAGGAAAAAUCCAUUUUGAGGUGAGGUUGUCUGCUCUAGUCUAGCACUAGAAAUCUCAAUUUGUAGUUGCCGUGGCAACAGGAGAACGAGCGAGAUGGGGCUGAGCACUGGGGACCAGUUUGAGUUUUUAUUUCUUCGAAAUUCUUUACCUUAUUUCCCCCAUCUCUCUGUCUCCCAGAUAAAGACCAUCCUGAGUGGGUUCAUCAUCCGGGGUUACCUGGGGAAGUGGACCCUGCUGAUCAAGACGGUGACCCUGGUGCUGGCUGUAGCGUCUGGGCUGAGCCUGGGGAAAGAGGGACCCCUGGUCCACGUGGCCUGCUGCUGUGGAAACAUCUUCUCAUACCUCUUCCCCAAGUACAGCAAGAACGAGGCCAAGAAGAGAGAGGUAUGUAUGAUCUAUGAUCUACUGUUCUAUUAGGUGUGGUCAAAUACAAUACAGUGGGGAAAAAAAGUAUUUAGUCAGCCACCAAUUGUGCAAGUUCUCCCACUUAAAAAGAUGAGAGAGGCCUGUAAUUUUCAUCAUAGGUACACGUCAACUAUGACAGACAAAUUGAGGAAAAAAAAUCCAGAAAAUCACAUUGUAUGAUUUUUUAUGAAUUUAUUUGCAAAUUAUGGUGGAAAAUAAGUAUUUGGUCACCUACAAACAAGCAAGAUUUAUGGCUCUCACAGACCUGUAACUUCUUCUUUAAGAGGCUCCUCUGUCCUCCACUCGUUACCUGUAUUUAUGGCACCUGUUUGAACUUGUUAUCAGUAUAAAAGACACCUGUCCACAACCUCAAACAGUCACACUCCAAACUCCACUAUGGCCAAGACCAAAGAGCUGUCAAAGGACACCAGAAACAAAAUUGUAGACCUGCACCAGGCUGGGAAGACUGAAUCUGCAAUAGUUAAGCAGCUUGGUUUGAAGAAAUCAACUGUGGGAGCAAUUAUUAGGAAAUGGAAGACAUACAAGACCUCUGAUAAUCUCCCUCGAUCUGGGGCUCCACGCAAGAUCUCACCCCGUGGGGUCAAAAUGAUCACAAGAACGGCGAGCAAAAAUCCCAGAACCACACGGGGGGACCUAGUGAAUGACCUGCAGAGAGCUGGGACCAAAGUAACAAAGCCUACCAUCAGUAACACACUACGCCACCAGGGACUCAAAUCCUGCAGUGCAGACGUGUCCCCCUGCUUAAGCCAGUACAUGUCCAGGCCCAUCUGAAGUUUGCUAGAGUGCAUUUGGAUGAUCCAGAAGAUGAUUGGGAGAAUGUCAUAUGAAACCAAAAUAUAACUUUUUGGUAAAAACUCAACUCGUCGUGUUUGGAGGACAAAGAAUGCUGAGUUGCAUCCAAAUAACACCAUACCUACUGUGAAGCAUGGGGGUGGAAACAUAAUGCUUUGGGGCUGUUUUUCUGCAAAGGGACCAGGACGACUGAUCCGUGUAAAGGAAAGAAUGAAUGGGGCCAUGUAUCGUGAGAUUUUGAGUGAAAACCUCCUUCCAUCAGCAAGGGCAUUGAAGAUGAAACGUGACUGGGUCUUUCAGCAUGACAAUGAUCCCAAACACACCGCCCGGGCAAUGAAGGAGUGGCUUCAUAAGAAGCAUUUCAAGGCCCUGGAGUGGCCUAGCCAGUCUCCAGAUCUCAACCCCAUAGAACAUUUUUGGAGGGAGUUGAAAGUCCGUGUUGCCCAGCGACAGCCCCAAAAUAUCACUGCUCUAGAGGAGAUCUGCAUGGAGGAAUGGGCCAAAAUACCAGCAACAGUGUGUGAAAACCUUGUGAAGACUUACAGAAAACGUUUGACCUGUGUCAUUGCCAACAAAUGGUAUAUAACAAAAGUAUUGAGAAACUUUUGUUAUUGACCAAAUACUUAUUUUCCACCAUAAUUUGCAAAUAAAUUCAUUAAAAAUCCUACAAUGUGAUUUUCUGGAUUUUUUUUUUCUCAUUUUGUCUGUCAUAGUUGACAUGUACCUAUGAUGAAAAUUACAGGCCUCUCUCAUCUUUUUAAGUGGGAGAACUUGCACAAUUGGUGGCUGACUAAAUACUUUUUUUCCCCACUGUAUAACUUUAUUGUCCAAGUACAGCAGGAAUGAGGCCAAGAAGAGGGAGUGUAUGGUUUGGUGUAUGUAUCCAUUGUAUUACAUUACAACGUUUAGAGUUUUGUUAUAAGACAUUCUCCUGAUGACCUUUUCUGUUGCAUGAUUUAAGACUGUGCUUUGGGUAAAUUGCUGUCAGUGUUUCAGCUGACUCGGCCUGUGUUUUGGGUAAAUUGCUGUCAGUGUUUCAGCUGACUUGGCCUGUGUUUUGGGUAAAUUGCUGUCAGUGUUUCAGCUGACUCUGCCUGUGUUUUGGGUAAAUUGCUGUCAGUGUUUCAGCUGACUCGGCCUGUGUUUUGGGUAUAUUCCUGUCAGUGUUUCAGCUGACUCUGCCUGUGUUUUGGGUAAAUUCCUGUCAGUGUUUCAGCUGACUCUGCCUGUGUUUUGGGUAAAUUGCUGUCAGUGUUUCAGCUGACUCGGCCUGUGUUUUGGGUAUAUUCCUGUCAGUGUUUCAGCUGACUCUGCCUGUGUUUUGGGUAAAUUGCUGUCAGUGUUUCAGCUGACUCGGCCUGUGUUUUGGGUAUAUUCCUGUCAGUGUUUCAGCUGACUCUGCCUGUGUUUUGGGUAAAUUCCUGUCAGUGUUUCAGCUGACUCUGCCUGUGUUUUGGGUAUAUUCCUGUCAGUGUUUCAGCUGACUCUGCCUGUGUUUUGGGUAAAUUGCUGUCAGUGUUUCAGCUGACUCGGCCUGGGUUUUGGGUAAAUUCCUGUCAUUGUUUCAGCUGACUCUGCCUGUGUUUUGGGUAAAUUGCUGUCAGUGUUUCAGCUGACUUGGCCUGUGUUUUGGGUAUAUUCCUGUCAGUGUUUCAGCUGACUCUGCCUGUGUUUUGGGUAAAUUCCUGUCAUUGUUUCAGCUGACUCUGCCUGUGUUUUGGGUAAAUUGCUGUCAGUGUUUCAGCUGACUGCCUGUGUUUUGGGUAAAUUCCUGUCAGUGUUUCAGCUGACUUGGCCUGUGUUUUUGUAUUAGUCUUUUUUAUAUGUUUUCUCUGCAGGUCCUAUCUGCAGCGUCAGCGGCUGGGGUGUCUGUGGCUUUUGGUGCUCCCAUAGGAGGAGUACUCUUCAGCUUGGAGGAGGUACGUUGUAUGUAUGUGUGUGUGUUUGUUUCUAUGAGUGUGUCCGUAUAAAUAAACACAUCACACACACACACUAUAGCCUUGUUUCCUUGCACCCCUACCGUGCUUCUACAUCUGCAUUGCUUGCUCUCUGGGGUUUUAGGCUGGGUUUCUGUAUAAGCACUUUGUGACAAAUGUAAAAAGGGCUUAAUAAUUACAUUUGAUUGAUUGAUCUGUGCAUGUGUGUCUCUGUAUGAGUUAAUGCAUCACACUAUACUUUUCUCUUCACCUGUCUCUCUGCAUCUCUCUCUCCCUAGGUGAGCUACUACUUCCCUCUGAAGACCCUGUGGAGGUCCUUCUUCGCUGCGUUGGUGGCAGCCUUCGUCCUCCGCUCCAUCAACCCGUUUGGCAACAGCCGUCUGGUCCUGUUCUACGUGGAGUACCACACCCCCUGGUACCUGUUUGAGCUUAUCCCCUUCAUCCUGCUGGGGGUGUUUGGGGGUCUCUGGGGGGCCUUCUUCAUCAAGGCCAACAUCGCCUGGUGUCGGAGGAGGAAGUCUACCCGCUUUGGGAAAUACCCCGUCCUGGAGGUCAUCUUCGUGGCAGCCAUUACCGCCGUGGUGGCGUUCCCCAACCCGUACACGCGGCAGAACACCAGCGAGCUAAUUAAGGAGUUGUUCACUGACUGCGGGCCGCUGGAGUCGUCCCAGCUUUGCCAGUACAGGAGCCAUAUGAAUGGGAGUAAGGCGUUUGUGGAUGCGUCACCUAACAAGCCGGCGGGAUCCGGGGUGUACACCGCCAUAUGGCAGCUGUGCCUGGCACUCGUCUUCAAGAUCAUCAUGACGAUAUUCACCUUCGGACUCAAGGUGAGGCAGGGCAGGUUGGGUACUGUCGUCUAGUUAAUGUAGCCCGGCAGUUAAAGGGGAGGUUCAUCCAAAAACACUUCUGGGCCCCUUUAUAACUACUAUUGCCUGGUUAUUUGUCAGUACCCCAAACAGCUUUUAGGUCCAUUGCUUGAGAAUUUAGACGUAGGUAAUAAGCUGAUUCUACCCCCGCCUUCCCCAUAGAAACCCCAUGCAACGUCAAAGUCCAUCAUAAAUACCUCCUAAAGCCUCCCGAGUGGCACAGCGGUCUAAGGCACUGCAGUGCUUGAGGCGUCACUAGAGAUCCGGGUUUGAUACCGGGCUGUGUCGCAGCCGGCCGCGACCGGUCGCCAGUUGUACGGUGUAUCCCCCGACACAUUGGUGUGGCUGGCUUCCGGGUUAAGGGGGCACUGUGUCAAGAAGCAGCGCGACUUGGCAGGGUCGUGUUUCGGAGGAUGCAUGGCUCUCGACCUUGGGGAUAAAAAGUACAAAAUAAAUAAAUAAAAAUACCUCCUAAACACACUGCUCUGGCCUCCCAAUAGUCCUUGUAAUUACUUUCUCUGCACAAUUUUUCAGCUAACUUAUUUCAGUAGGUACAUUUUUACCAAUAAAUGUAAUUUCGAGAAAUUCAGCAUUUUGAUUUAAAAAUACAGAAAUCUAAAUACUCAAACAAUGGACCUAAAAACAGUCUGGGGUACUGAUAAACAGCCAGGCAAGUGUUAUAAAGGGCCCAGAAGUGUUUUUGGGUGAACUUCCCCUUUAAUGUGAUUGUAUUGGGUAUGCAUGUCUCUUAGAUUGUGGUCUAUUCCAAAUCUUAGAUUGCAGUCUAGACUUUAAGUAAUGCUGAUCAGGGUUAGAAUUGAGAAAUAUUGAGAAAAAUCAGAAUUAGAAUUUCAGUUAAGGAAUGUUUUUUGUGGUUCUAAGUUGUGGUUCCUGUCCCCAGGUUCCGGCGGGCCUGUUCAUCCCCAGUAUGGCCAUCGGGGCGAUCGCCGGGCGGAUUGUUGGCAUCGCCGUGGAGCAGCUGGCGUACUACCACCACGACUGGUUAGUGUUCAGGGAGUGGUGCGAGGUAGGCACCGACUGCAUCACCCCAGGACUCUACGCCAUGGUGGGGGCUGCCGCAUGUCUGGGUGAGUUACACUGACUGGCUGUGGGUCUGUAAUGUUAUGGUCAUGUCUGUUACUCCUACUCAGUGUUCGUUCCUCAUUCUUGUGAUACAUUGUUAUAUAGACUGUGUUUGACAAUGGAUCACAGAAACACGGAGCUGUGUAAAAUGUUAUCUAUCCUGUUGGAUGGCUUUGGUCCUCUCCCAUUCAACUCUUCCUCUUGUCUGCAGGUUCUCACUUCUCAGUCAACUUACUUGGUAAAAUAAAAGGGCAAUCAUUUAUUUAUUUAUUUAUUUUUGUUCCAGGUGGUGUGACGAGGAUGACCGUGUCUCUCGUGGUCAUUGUGUUUGAGCUGACUGGCGGUCUGGAAUACAUUGUACCCCUCAUGGCGGCCGUCAUGACCAGCAAGUGGGUGGGCGACGCCUUUGGGCGCGAGGGCAUCUACGAGUCACACAUCCGCCUCAACGGGUAUCCUUUCCUGGACGCCAAGUCGGAGUUCACACAUACCACGCUGGCGCGGGAGGUGUGUCAAAAUCAAAUGUUAUUUGUCACGUACACAGUUUACAGCAUGUAUAAAAGGUGCAGUGAAAUGCUUGCAUGCUAGCUCCAUCAACAUAUAAUCAAUAUCAAUAAGUGUGUAGAGUGUGUGUGUGUGUGUGUGUGUGUGUGUGUGUGUGUGUGUGUUAGGAACAAAUAUUUAUUAUGGACAGAUACAAUUAAAACAUUGGCACACUGAAUCAUUAACAGUUAGAUGCAGCACCAUUGAUAUCAAUGCAUGAUUAAGUGGAAAGUUGACUUAAAGCGUCAGUUAGGUUUCAGCUCUAAACCACUUCCUGUGUGACUUCAGGUGAUGCGGCCGCGGCGUAGUGAUCCGCCGUUAGCGGUGCUGACGCAGGACGACCUGACGGUGGAGGAACUCCAGGGGAUCAUCAACGAGACCAGCUACAACGGCUUCCCUGUCAUUGUCUCCAAGGAGUCUCAGAGACUCGUGGGCUUCGCCCUGCGCAGGGACAUUACCAUCGCUAUAGGUGAGGAGAAACUGAGACGGCAGGGUGUGGAGGGCGCUCAGACCUGGGUUAAAACUUCAAUGGUGUUUUUUUUUUUUAUACUUUAGCUGCACUUGAUUUAGCUUGCUUGGCUAGCGCGAUGGAACCAAUGGAAUCAUCUCAAAAGUGCAAACCUCGCCCGUAUGGCACUCCUUAGACGCUAAUCUUUCUCCUUCCAUCUCCCCCUCUCUUCCCUUUUUACAUCCCCCUUUCACAGAUAAUGCGCGGCGAAAGCAGGAGGGUAUCCUGCUGACCUCGCGGGUCUACUUCACACAGCACGCCCCCACCCUGCCCGCCGACAGCCCGCGGCCCCUCAAGCUGCGCUCCAUCCUGGACAUGAGCCCCUUCACCGUCACCGACCACACGCCCAUGGAGAUCGUGGUGGACAUCUUCCGCAAGAUGGGCCUCCGCCAGUGUCUGGUGACGCACAACGGGUGAGAGGAAGGGGCUGGGGGGAGAGCGGGAAAAGGGUAGGGUGGCAUGUGAAGAGGGUAGGGGGGAGGUGAGGAGGGGAGAGGGGGUGAUUAAAAGUGAUCUUGGAUGAGAACGAUGGGGAGAGAAUCACAGUCUCAAAAUGGGGGGAUGUGUUUUGGAAGGGUGGGGGUGAAAGAAGAGGAGGAUGGAGGAAGAGAAGGAAGGAACACUGGGGGGAAAGAGUCUUCCUCAGUCCUCCUAACCUCAGGCCUCAAUGUUCUCAGCUUAAACUAACAAACACCUCAACAGGCAACAGACAGAGUUCCCCUAACAAACCCAACACACACUCUCAAGUUUUGUUCCAAUGAACACACUACUACUUAGAAUGAAGCAGUGUAUUGGACAUCAUCUAUUCUAAGUGCUAUGCUAGUGUGGAUAUUGGGACAUAGUAGCAUCUCCUCACACCCUAACGAAAAAAGAUUGCAGGUAGAGUGAAGUAUUGCGGUUUAUGCUGCAAAAACUGCGUCCAAAUGUUUUUUUUUUUACUGCAGUAAUUUUGCAGUGUGAUGGCAGUGAUUUUGCAAUUACUCCAUCCAAAAUACCACAGUCGACUGCAGUUACUUCCCUUUUACUGCAGUUCCAAAACUGCAAUCUUUUUUUUGUAAGGGAUAGAGUGAUGCAUGGACACUGGGACUGGAAACCCUGGGGUUAUAAGCCAUUAUAACCUUGUAGGCUGCAUGACUUCUCAGCUAAAUGCUAGCUGCGCUACGCUCACCAAUAUAACUACUGUGAUACCGCUUUAGCAAAUAGUUGGAUAGUUUGAUCGUUUUAUCCAGUUUCCUCUGGAUAAAAUAUUUGAGAGACUCGUGAUGUGUUUAGAAGUUGGUUUAGAAGUCAAUUACUGUGGAUGAGCUCACUGGUAGAAUAUGACACUUCAGAGACACCUGGUGGUUAAAACAGGAAUUAAAGGACAGAUGGUGUAUAAUUGGAUAAACCCUUGCUCUGUGGGUUGUAACUAAGUAAAAAUACUUUAAAGUACUACUUAAGUAGUUUUUUGGGGUAUCUGUACUUUAUACUAUUUAUAUUUUGGAUAACUUUUACUUUUACUCCACUAAAUUCCUAAAGACAGGGUUCGUAUGGUCAUGAAAAUCCUGAAAAAGUCAUGGAAUUUUUAAAAUUGUGUUUUCGAGGCCUCAAUGUUUUGGAAAAUGAUCAAAUCCGAAAAGUCAUGGAAAUGAAUGUAAUCAUUUCUGUUAAUGUCAGUUGUUUAGGCACAGUUUUUAAAUAUUUUAUCAAUCAAAUAAAAAUCAACAGUGAUUUUACCCACGCACCGCUACUGCUUGCGAGGAAGGCCAUACAAAGUUGAUUCAUUUAAACGAUACAUACAGAGUUGAUUCAUUCAUUUAAACAAUUAUUUUUGACGGAACAAACAAUUCACUUUGCUAUUGUAUUAGUUGGGAUUUGGUUCAAUGCGAUGAAUCGAAUGUAAAUCAAAAUAAUAAUUUGUGAAUCGCAAACAGUCAUUUUAUAAAAAAAAUAUUAUAUGUAGCCUUCCUUGUGGGCUUGCUUCAGCUGAAUAAAAAUAUUUGUAGCCUACCAUAGCCAUUUGAUAUUUUAUAUAUUAAAUGAGUGAAUUAUUUCAAAAGGCAUAAAACGUAUUUGGUUGCAAUGUUAUACAUCAAGGGUGGACAACCAUCCUCCAGGAGAGCUAAUGGUGUGCAGGCUUUUAUUCCAGUCCCCCUCUAACAAACCACAUUUUAGAAAUGAGCUGCUCAACCGGACCUUGAUAAACUUUCUCUGAUGUGUUUGAGCAGGGCUUGAUCAAAAGCCUGCACAGCCAGUAGCUCUCCAGACUGAGGGUUGACCACGUGUGUUUUAUACCGUUGCCUAACAGGGAUUCUACUUUGUGCCUUGUACAAUGACAGUAGAUGGUACAUAGGAUCAGAGAGCAGCCUCCCAGUGUCAAUACCACAUUACGCAUACUUUGUUUCUACAUACAUGGAGAUGCCGCUAACGGUGGUCAUGGAAAUUUGGUUAAAAGUCAUGGAGAAGUCAUGCAAAAGUCAUGAAAUUCCCUCUGUCAAAAUGUGUAUGAACCCUGUAAAUAGAAUAUGUAUACUUUUUACUCCCAUUCAUUUUCCGUGACACCCAAAAGUACUCGUUACAUUUCGAAUGCUCAGGCAGCAUUCGAAAUAUGGUCCAAUUCUCACACCUAUCAAUAUAACGCGUUGUCAUCCCUACUGCCUCUGAUCUGGCGGACUCACUAAACACAAAUAUUGCGUUUGUAAAUUAUGAGUUUUGGAGUGUUCCCCUGGCUGGCCGCAAAAUUAUUAUUAUUAUCUUUUAAAUCAUGCUAUCUGGUUUGCUUAAUGUAAGGAAUUUGAUGUAUAGCAUUUACUUUUACUCAAGUAUGACAAUUUAGUACUUUUUCCACCACUGCUCGGCAGUCAUAGUGUAAAUAUAUGUUUAAAGAUGCCUGUUUAGACGCCUAGUCAGGAGAGGAGAGCACUGAGAGCGAAUGAGAAUACAGAUUGGCAGCAGUCCUUUGUUUUGAUACAUGUUCAUUUUUUAUCGUUUUGUUGUGAUUUUAUCCUUUUCUAUUGUUUUGGUCUCAAUUCAUUCAUCAUUCAAUAUCAAUACAUAGAAUAGUGAAAGCAUCAGACAUAGAGUACCAGUGAAAAGUUUGGACACACCUACUCUUUCAAGGGUUUUUCUUUAUUUUUACUAUUUUCUACAUUGUAGAAUAAUAGUGAAGACAUCCAAACUAUGAAAUAACACAUGGAAUCAGAAAAGUGUUAAACAAAUCAAAAUAUAUUUUAGAUUCUUCAAAGUAGCCACCCUUUGCCUUGAUGACAGCUUUGCACACUACUUUAUCGAAUUCUAGGUUAUUUGCCUACAACACUUGAGUCCAUACUACUCACAAGAUUAGAUUCCAUUACAAAUCAACAAGGAAGUUAUUGAAACCGACACAAAGAUGAAUGAUAUGCACAGAUAACAUUAGUUGGCAUCCAACUGACAUGCACUUAUACACACUCACCAUCAGUAGAAGUGGUAUAUUUAUGGACAAGUAAAAUAUGUUGUUAAUUGAGCUUUUAAAAAAAAAAGCAAUACUAUUAAAAUGUUAGGUAGGUUGUGUUAUGAUUUUUCACUUUAUGUUAUGUCAUAUUAAGUUGGUUAUAUACGUUUAUUUUUUUAGUGUACUAUGCUUUGUGCUGCUGUCUCUCUCUCUCUCUCUCUGUGUGGUGUGUGUGUGACGGGCAGUCUCCUGAGUAACAGGUGUGUGUUUGUACAGGAUUGUAUUGGGCAUCAUCACUAAGAAGAAUAUAUUAGCGCAUCUGGAGGAGCUCAAGGAACACACGGAGCCCCUGGUGACUAGCCCUUCCCCUCCCAUUCCACUGACCCCUCCCCCUCUCCCAUUUCCACCUCUUAGGCCCCGCCUCCUAGGAGUGACGCAUGAAACUGUAACUGACAGUUCCCGUUUCCAAUAGCAACCCACUCAUCUUACUGUGUCUUAUUUUCAACUCACUCAUGAAUGCACUAUUUUUUUGAGGGGGGGGGGGGGUGUAUGCAUCCACUUUCUCCUCUCCGGAUACCUACUGUGUCACACUAUCACUGAUCUCCCUAUUCAUUCACUACUAGUCAUUGACAACAGUUAGUAAGAUUACUAUUUUUUAAAGAUCUACUCUAGAUGAGUGUUAUUAUGGGUCCUGUAAUGUUGGGCUUUGAUGGGAACUGUCAUUUGAAGCUUGAUUAGUUAGAUAUCCGUAAUUUACUAUUGCUCCACAGCCAUUCCCAUCAACAACAUCCUACUAGCUAUUAGUCCCUUCAUCAGUAGUAUGGGCUGUUUCAUCCACUAUAAGAAGUCAUUAUAGAAUAUAGAUAUAAGCAUGAAUAUACAGAUUGUAUAUUGAUCUCAUUCCCCCUGCCACUGUCCCUAUAACUUACGUACAGUCAUGUAGCCAUGCCUGUGUUUUUAGAGCGUGUGUGUGUGUGUGUGUGUGUGUCUGUCUGUCUGUCUCACUCGGCACCUAGAAAACCUUCACAUACACAUUAUUACAUCAUUUCACUCUAAAAGCUCACACAGGGUGCAUCCCAAUUGGCACCCUAUUCCCUAUAUAGUGUACUACUACUAGUUCAAAAGUAGUGCACUAUAAAGGGAAUAGGGUGCUAUAUUGGAUGCUGGCACCGCUUUACUUCAAUGACUUACUGCUUCUUUAUGUAUAAAAAUCAACCCCUCCCUCUCCCUCUUGCCCCGCCCCCCACCCACUGGGUCACCGCCGUCCGUCCGUCUGUCGGACCAACAGAUCGACGACAUCUGACCCGAUAACACGUAGCGCUUCCGGCGUCGCCUUUACCGAAUUUGGCGAGUAACCGGCUGCUACGUGGGAGCGGACCGUUGGUUGAUGUGUUUUUUCUGGGAGGGGGAGUUUUAGCAUCUAGUGUCCCUCCCGCCCUGCCGUAGACUUAAUAGAACCCUCCUCCUGUAGUGAGAGAGCAAACUCCCUCUAUGGUGGUGUGGUGAUAUAAUGAUGGUAGUAGUAGUGUGUGUGUUGGUAGAUAAUGCCUACAGUAGCAGUAACGAGCUAAGCCAAGCAACCCCCACCCUGAUCCUAAACCGUACCCACCCCUCCUUCACCCCCCUCUCACCUGACCUCAACCCCCCUGCCUCAUCCGGUGCCUCCCACCUCAACCCACCCCCCCCCCAUUCCUGGUCUGUGUGGCGUUUCAUGCCUCCUGUUUCUGUAGCACUAACACCUCCCUCCACUUCCUACAGUACUGAAUCUAUAGAUCUAUCCUGUACUGUAGCUAUGACAGACAGUCAUACAGCCUGUCCUCCUCUCACUGCUCUCUCUCAGCUCAACUCUACACUCACCGUCUGUCUCACUCUCUCCAAUGUCUCGAGAUGUCUCACUAAAUCUCCAACGUUUUCGUCAUAGCUAAAUUCAAGAGCACAAGUCAUAACAAAAAGUAAAUUCUAGGAACAAAUGUUGUCCUGUUGACAUCUAAUUGUUAUCCAGCUGCACACUCUUACAACGUUGUAAUUGACACUUUCUGUGUUAGCAGAACUCAUUACAUUUCAACCAAUUGUGACCUGGCUCUGGGAAGAAGGGAGUAUCUGUAAAGAAGCCUGUAGCGAUGACCCUCAAAGUAUUUUAGAUAAAGGUGCUCUUGAAUUAGCCAGAAUUCUUGACUGAGCGUUCCAGAAUGUUUAUCUCGGACAACGUGAAGGGUUGGUUGGUUGGUAAGGCAGAAGUGUUCUGCCUUGCUCUUCCUAUAGUGUUCAUCUCACCUGCUCUUCCUGUAGGUGUUCAGUACAUCUCCUCCUCAGGCUUCCAACGAGAAUCACUCACUCACCAUUCUCCCCUGGUUACUCACCCCCUCCUCUCUUCCUUCUGUCCUUCCUCGGCACCAGUGGGACUUAUGUUUUUGUUGGCCUGGCUGCAUUGACGGUCACAGUCGGCUGAGUGGUUGAAGUAUUACUGCGUUCCCUGUAUCACCUUGGGCUAAAAUACAGAUACACUGUGGUAGUAACGGUGCAUUACUUCUCUUGACUGUAGAUUGUAUCACUGUUUUGUCAUUGUUAUUUGUGAGAUCUGAUCAUUAAGCCCCAGAAUAAUAUAAACCAUCUGAUCAUUACGCAUCAGACCCCAAAAUAAUUAGUUUCCUCUGACAUUAAACACAUUUCCAUAAUUUAGUCAGUUGGUUAACAGAGCCCAUUAUUUUGGUUAUUGGUGUGUUAUCAUUCUCUGUUGAUUGAUUCCACUAUCUUGAAUCCCGGCCAAAACCACCACCGACUGACCGACUGCACGAGCCAACAAAAACUUGUAAUUCUCUCCCACACCAACCAGACUGUGCUCCCUGCCUGCUCCUCCGUGAAUAAUCUCUUCUCUCUCUCUCUCUAGAGGGAGACUGAUAGACUAGAUAAAGAGAAGAGGGAGGAUCGAGGAUUUCUCAGACUAUCUAUCUAAUCUUCCUCUCUCUCUCUAUCUCUCUCUAUCUACUCUCUAUCUCUCUCUCCUUCUUCUCUCUCUCUCUCUCUCUCUCUCUCUCUCUCUCUCUCUCUCUCUCUCUCUCUCUCCAGGCGUCUCCUUGGUAUUAUCACAAAAAAAGAUAUCCUUCGUCAUAUGGCCCAGAUGACCAACCAAGACCCCGACAACAUAAUGUUCAACUAGUCACCUCCUUCCCAGGUCGUCACGACGAGGAGAGCGAGGAGGAGGUGGUGCACCUACUGGAGGGUCAAGGCUCCUUUCUAUGACACACAGCCCCCGACCCCCAAACCUCCCACCCCAUGGAACCCUGUCCUUAACCAGACUGACUGAUCCCCACAGAACCCUCUAGUGGCCACAGGAUGGAAGAGACAGACAGACAGACUAAAGAGACAUGAAAUGGCUGUUUUGAAGGAUGUUCCGUCCCCAUAGUCGUAGCUACUACGGACUGGGACAUAUAUACCCAAGGAACACACACAUACACACACCUCCACUCACAUACACUCAGACACACACAUACAGGAGCUCACACUCACUCAUACAAACACAGAUUCCACACAAGAGCAAGCUCACACACACACACACACACACACACACACACACACAC